AUGGAACAAGUUCAUAGCAUUCUUACAUUGUGUUUCAUAUUGGUCUUCAUAGUUGAUGGAGUCACACCAUCACCCACACAAGAUGCAAGUUUACUUUGCAUUAGUGAGUGUGGCACCUGCCCUGUAAUAUGUUCUCCACCACCAUCCAUGGUGUCGAAGCCGCCACCAUCCACCGAAUCAAAGCCGACACCGCCUCCAAAGGCCGUUGACUCUGAGCCACCACCGUAUCUAACUCCUAUAUACCAUCAAACACCACCACAAUCUUACUAUCCACCAUCAUCACAAUCCACACCACCGCCACACCCACGGGCUAAGUCAUGCCCACCACCAUCUUACAUCUCAUUGGGCACCAACGCGCCACCAUCGCCUCCUCCACCCAAACUGGUGGUUGUCCCUACUACUCAGAUUCCGCCUAGUGACUCCUCUAACCCCGGCUACCCGUAUUACUACUUCUACGCUUCAAAGGGUGUUGCUUUUUCUCGAGGGGUUUCUGGAUUUGUUAUUUUGUUCACAUGUUUCUAUUUCAUCGACUUUACAAAACAUCUAAUCGCCACCGCCAUAGAACCACCACCACAUACCGCCGCCCAACCUAACCGCAUCGGACGACUGGCCAUCCACCAGAAAGGCUAA